GCGGUAUCUGCGCACGGUCACAUCGGCUGGAUGGCGUCUUUAGGAGUGCGUAAAAUUAAUAAGAAAAGUUGCCUGAAUGUAAACGCGAUUUUAAAGGUGGAAUCUGCUGAUUAAGUGGACAAAUCGAGUGCUCCUCGGGCCACAAUUAAUCCGUGGUAGAGUGGACCCAAUAAUUGUGCAAAACACACAGCUCUAAGCGCAUAUUAACCGUAUAUUUUAAAGCGGGAAAUCUGCGCUCUUUGCUAAUUUUCAUUUUCGUGGGAAAAACGCAAAGGGCGGAAUCCUGCGAUAAUGGAUAUUUUUGAUAUGGUCAAAGCGGCGCCGCCGCCGCAAACUAUUAAUCCGGUGGACACCAAGCUCUCCACUCCGUCGCCCAUACCGCCCGAUUCGCCAAUCGACGUAAAUGACAUCCUGGAGAGUGGAAACGUGGACGAGAACGACUUACACACGACGAGAAAAUCGAAGAAAGUCGAACAUGGCAUUGAUCUAUUGGAUUCGGAGACAUCCGUCGACGAUUUCGACGAUCUCGACGAGCUAUUGAACAAGAAGAGGCGUAAGAGCGUGGCUACCUCAAAACCGAAAAAAACGAGGAAAUCCACUGUCUCUGCAUCGACGCCACACAUCAAGAGUACAACAGUGUCCAUGGACGACGUAGGCGAGGCCUUUGAGGAGGACCAGCAAUCGAUGGUGGUCGGUCCCACCAAGACGAAGGCUCAGCAGAAGAUGUUCAGCGAUCAGCAGUCGCCGAACGUUAAGAGAAAGGUGCGGGUGCGAAUACGUCGCCUGAAACAGCCAGAAAUCGAUUCGGCCGUCGGAUCGUUGGCCAAUUCAUCAUUUGUCAAUGUGCCCGAGAUCGUUAACCAGAGCGUUACUAGUGGCCGUAGCAGGCCAAAAAAGAAAAAAACGUCACCCAAGAAACAAAAAUCAUCAACAGCGCAGACCAAUUUCCACAUCAAAGUUCCUUUGCAGAAUGGCGCCAAAAAGCGUGCUCUGAACCACUCGUUGCGCGCUCAUACACCGCCGCCCAGUUUGGCCAAGAGGGCUGGGAGCACACAGUCGGCACUGAAGCCAAGUCCCAAGCCCAAGAUCAGGGCGAAGAGAUUCUCCGGUCGCGGCCGCAACACCGAUCCGGAUUUGGUUAAGCGUUAUGGCGCGCGUUUCUUUGGCUGUGUGGUGAAGGUGAGGAGGACGCGUUUACCAACUGCCAAGUGGCCUGACUGCAGACCCCCUCCCAUUGGCGUCGCCGGUCUCAGGAAGGGGAAUCCCAAGAAGGCGGUGUCCUUCAGCGAGGCCGUCGAGAUUCUGGGCAGUCCCGGGGGUCCAUCACGUCGGGCUACUUUCGGUUCGCUUUCAUCGAGAGGAGCUCCGAAACCAACACGCCUGCAGCGUGUGGAUGCCACUGGCAAUGUGCUGGAGGAUAUAGCACUGACCUCCACGCCGCUCUUCUCGCCAUCUUCUGGAGGCUCACGCGAGCGGGGUAGGCGACGCUCAUGCAACGGUACGCCCGUGGUCGGAAGACUCAAGCGCUCCAACCAGAAUCUGCAGCUGCGCAGGUUGGGCCGCCUGAGCAUAGACAACAACUCCUCCAGGUCUGGUGCAGAUGGAGAUAGAGAUAAUGAUGAUGACGACGAUGAGGAGUAUAUAGUGCCCAACGAUGUGCCGGGGUCCAAGAGAUCUGGAACGCCUCCGCCCAAGAAAAAGAAGAUAUCCUUUACCACGACCAUCAGUGAUGAUGAGGACGAAAAGCCGGUAGUGAAAAAGCAGAAGGAUGCACAAAAAAAGCAGACAAAACCCCUUAAAGCAAGCUCAAACAAAAAGACGGACAAGAAGCUAAAGGAAAAGGGGACGACUGACAAAACGCAAACGAAAAAGGAGAAAAAGACGGAAAACUCAAAUGAGAUUGUUAAGGGUGUACUUCCACAACCAGAUGUGAAAAUUGAAUCCUCCGAUGCUGAUGACCAAAUCAAACCACCAGCGAAGGAAAUCCAACCGGAGGAGCGAGAGGGAGACGCACACGAAACUGAGACAAAUGAAGUAGAAAGAGAUAGAGCGGAACAAAUUGAGGAUGCAACAGAGCAAAAUACAGAUGAGGCGAAGGAAACAGUAGUAGUAGAAAAAGAGGAGGAAAAAUCGGAAGAUGAUCAAGAAGAAGCUUCGCUAGACGAGGACGAGGAAAAUCUGAAGGAAAAAGCAGCUGAAACCAUCGAUAAGCCCGGCGAAUCUCCAGGAAAACCAACGAACGAAGACAGGGUUGAGAAAGUAGAGGACGUGGUCGAGCAGGCCGAGGAGUUCAGUGACUUGCCGACCCCACCACAGCUCCCGUCCACAACUGACGAUAACGAAGAUGACGUGCUGGAGAUUCAGACGUCGUUGGACGAUGUCCGUCAAUUGCAUACGCCAUCAUCCCGCCAGAGUACACCCAAACCGCGCAGUCGUCUCGAUUCCGGUGACUCCGAUUGCAGCUUUAAGUCCGCCAGCGAAAACGCCAAGCUGCUAGCUGAGAAGGAUGCAAGCAAAGCGUCGGACGAUGACGAGGAUCAAAAAACAGCAGCAACCAUCAUCGAUGUUCCCAUCGAUUCAGACGAACUUCCGGACGAGCUUAUGACCCCGCCCUCGGCGCCCAGGAGAGUGAAUGGUGAUCCCACCAGCGAAUCCUGCGCCUCGGCGCCAUAUUACUCGUCCAUUGAUGAUUCCAUGGCCACGUUAGAUGACGUCAUCAGGGACCAGCUAUCCGAACCCGACUUUCAAUUGAACUCCAGCCGCCAUGCCAUCUCGAGGGGCACACUGGACGAAAUAAUGACCGCGUUAGAAUCAUAGUAAGCUGGCAAA